AUGGCCGACCUUCUACUCUCUGAACGAGGCGAGAGCCCUGUUGGGAAGAACUGGACUACUACCUUUAUUAAGCGUCGUACGGAAAUUAAAUCAAAGUUCAGUCGGAACUCGUCAGGGGGAGGCUCAUUGGCUGGAGAUUGGCUGGAGGAGAGGUCAGGCUCCGAAUCAUCCUGCACGGUUCAGAUAGAGAGGGGUCCCAACAAUGAGCUGGUCAAGGAUGUAACGAGCAACGAAUGUCCUGCUGACCUGGGAAGGUUUAAUAAGUGGGAGAGGGGCCGCAAUGACGACCUGGUCAAGGAUGCAACGAACAUCCUGCUGAGAAAAAGAGGGUCAUUGGCAGUAGGAGAGGUCAGGUUUCAGCUCGAACUGUCUAGUUCAGCUGGAGAAGGGCUGUAA